GGUUCACACUGAGCCACAGUGACUGAGUGAUGCGCAGGCUGUGUGACAGAGCGGCAGCUGUGCAUCAGUGCUCCAACAGAGGACAAUGAUUAUCGCUGUUCUGGUGCUGUGUGCUGUGUGGGCACACAGCUCUGAUGGACUGGCAGCUCGGGAGCUGGACUGCACUCCCAGAGGUCAGGAGGUGUCAUGUGUCCUACCUGCUGACUAUCUGAAUGCCUCCGGCUCUGUCAGUGUAAAGGCAUGUGGUGGGAAGAAACUUAACAUAUCCCUCAUGAAUUUCUCGGGACAAACUGCUUGCAACUGGAGCCGAGCAGAGGACCCACAACCCAUAGUCAAAGGGAAUUUUUCGAUGGUCCUCCAAUCACUCUCUGCGGCAGAUUCUGGAGAAUAUACACUGAGCUGUGAAACAAGUAGCGGGACCCAAUCUUCAUUAACCAUGUCUCUUCAUGUUGUCCUGACACCCCCUACAACUCCACAGCUAAUCUUGGUGCCUUCACGUAUCAAGUUGUCUUCACCUGAGUUUCAGUGUGUUUCCAAGGGUUUCCCAACACCCACAAUAAAAUGGUUUAAAUCACUGGACAAGUCCGGUGAAUUUAGAAAUGGACAUGAUUCUACACACUCUGAGACAGCAGAGAGCAAAGAGGACAGCAGUCGUUACUCCAACACGGCAGCGAUGUGCUGUGCUGCCAACACUGCAGGAGAGGAAUGCUCCCAGCUGUACGACUACGAUUUAGAUAGCGGCUGGAGGGAGAAUGAUGAGGUUUCUGAGGUGAUCCUGAGCCCAGGUCAGCCGCUGCUUCUACGCUGCAGAAUGCGCAGCACAGGUUCUGAAGUGCCAAAGUGGGAAGGAGACAGUAAAAUAAUAAAUGCCAGCACAGUAAAAUGCAGUGCCGGCAUCAAGCAUGAGAUUUGCACGCUGGAAGACAGUCAUCAUCAGUUUAAGAUGUCCUAUCUGUUCAUCAGCUCAGUUAAUGUGAAACACAGUGGCAUUUACACCUGCCGGAACACCAAAACCAAGUCUGUGCGCGUUCGAGUUGAGGCGGAGAGUUUCCUCUCUGUCCAGAUGGAUAGGAGGAAAACUGUAUCAGUCCAGAAGACUUCCAGCUUCUGCCUGGAGGCUAAUGUUUCCUUUCACCCUGUGCUCCAACACUGUGCUUGGGAGGACCCUGAUAAAAACAUCACUCACUGCCAAAAGCUGAUAAAAAGAUCAAAUCACAGGACACUGCAGCUGUGUGCUCAGCAAAAAUCAGGAGACUAUAAGUUACAUUUAAAGGCUGGAGGACAAAAUGAAACGAGCAUUAUAUCAGUGUGUCUGGCAGAGACUGCAGAUUUCAAAUGCCGUGUUAACUCGGCUGUCAACACGUACACCUGUGAGACUACGAGUCCUGGGCCAGCAAAUUUCUCUUGGAUGUCCUGCUCUGUGUCAAAUGAUAGCUGUGAGACAGGCUCUGCUGCCUGGAGAGGGAUUCCAGGCACCUCUCAGCAAGACUCUGAUCUGUUCUGCAACAAGAGGAUCAACAGCUCUCUGAAUAUGACUCUGGUGGAUGGAAGCUACUUUAAGUUUUGCCUGACCAAUGAAGUUGGCUUCCGGUGCAGCGAUCUGCUGCAGUACCAGCCUGCACCCCAGCCGCUGAUGGCUCGUCAUCGAGAAAGUAGUAAUACAUUGCUGAAAGUCGGCAGCUUGUUCCUGCUUCUGGUGUUGGCUGUGGUCAGUGUGGCACUGAUGUACUUUGUCAAAAAGAAGAAACCGCAGUAUCAGAGCCAGCUACAGAUGAUCCAGAUGGUUGGGCCCAAUGAUAAUGACUACAUCUACAUCAACUUCAAGGAUUUCCAGUAUGAUCAGAAAUGGGAGUUUCCUAGAGAGAACCUAGAACUGGGUAAAGAGCUGGGCUCCGGGGCCUUUGGCAUGGUGGUCCAGGCUACAGCUUAUGGUAUCAACAAGCCUGGGGUCUCACAGCAGGUGGCUGUUAAGAUGCUUAAAGAGAAACACCAGAUAGUGGAGAAGGAGGCUCUAAUGUCAGAGCUAAAGAUGCUGACUCACAUCGGCCACCAUGCCAACAUCGUCAACCUGCUCGGAGCGUGCACAGGCUCAGGACCCACAUACCUGAUCUUCCAGUACUGCUGUUACGGAGACCUGUUGAACUAUCUCAAAAACAACAGGGAACGCUACCACAAGUCUCUGACCGAUGCCUUCAACAAGGACUGUUUUAGCAACCUGUACCACAACCUGCAGCCCAAGAGAAGCUCAAGUGAGUUCCAGGUGUCAGUGGAAGACUACAUUCCAAUGUACCCCUCACACAUGAGGAGGCAGGAGAAACAAGUCCUUCUCACCUCCAGCCCUGUGGACACCUCUGAAGACCCAGAGCUCUUUGAGGAGUCAGAGGAACAGCCCGGGGACGUGCAAACGCUGACCUACGAUGAUCUGCUGAGCUUCGCCUACCAAGUGGCCAAGGGCAUGGAGUUUCUCUCCUCGAAGAAUUGUAUCCAUCGGGACCUGGCAGCCCGCAACGUGUUAGUGACAACAUCCAGGAAGGUGAAAAUCGGCGACUUUGGACUGGCCCGAGACAUUGACAAUGACUGCAACUAUGUUGUGAGAGGAAACGUGCGUUUGCCCGUGAAGUGGAUGGCACCAGAGAGUAUCUUCGAGGGGAUGUACACCAUGCAGAGUGAUGUCUGGGCUUAUGGCAUACUGCUCUGGGAAAUCUUCUCCUUAGGCGUCACUCCAUAUCCUGGCGUAAAGGUGGAUAACAAAUUCUACUCCAUGAUUGAGAGAGGGUUUCAGAUGGAGUGCCCAUACUAUGCCAGCAAGUCUGUGUAUGAGAUGAUGUGUAAGUGCUGGGACCUGGUGCCCAGUAACCGCCCUCCAUUCUCCAAGUUGGUGGCCUUUAUGGAUAACCAGCUGACAGACAUGGAGGAGAAGCUCUACCACAAUAUGCUAGACCAGAACUCCAACGACUCAGUCUACCAGAACACACCAGCCACACUGGACAUUACAGCCUUAGCGAAAGAGAAGGACGAGCAGACACAGUCGUGCAAUCAGUAUUGUCUGGCCAAUGCCAGCGGAGAAGUUACAACAGCGUCCGACUCAAACGCCGUGGAAACUGAUGGCAAAUACUGGAAAACAUUUGAUGCCGGGUCAGAGUGAGAGUCCUUGACGGAAAUGAGCUCUGAUAUUUCCUGUCACAGAGGUAGCCCUAGCGGUCUUUUCUGGAAUCAACUUCCAGACUCCUCUAAGCUUCAUUUUAAGGCAGCUUAUUAAAUUCUCCUCAUAUAAAAAUAAUAAUCUCCAACUGUGUGUAGCACUCGAGUUAGAAUGUACAUGCUUCAUAUACUACGCACAAAGUAUUUGUAGAAUUUAUAUACUGAAUACUACAUGUAGCUUUCAUUUAUUAUACAUUAUUUUUGGUUGAC